AUGGCGGACUUGACGAGCCUUCUGGGCGGGCCUGUGGGGAGCAGUUCAGCCAAGGGACCGAAUCAUGAGGUGCAUGUGAAGGACUACGAGUGGGCUGGGCGUCUACGGGUGGCCGAGUCGUUCAAUGAGCACAUGCCCUCUACGUGGGACGACGCCUUCUUGGCCGCCAUGCCGACCAAGACUGCGCCGCGUGUAUCACUCGCUGUGAGCACAGACUUGAAGCUGUGGAACUACCGUUAUAUGUUUGAGAAAAAAGGUGAGCGCAGCUUGGUGCUAGACACGCGCCUCAACACCAUGGCUGAGGUUCUGCACCAGGCUUUCGGCCUGGCAACAGAGUGGGAGGACCCUACGAUUCCCAGCCAGGAGAGCAUUUACACGAUUGGGCGAAUCUGCCUUCGCGUGAAUCCUGUUAAAGGUGAAGCCGACAGUGCGCCUGCUACGAAGCUCACGCCGACUGACCUCAUGCUGGAAACGAGCCGUAUGGUCGGCAAUGGACAGCGCGUGGCGCUGAGCUUGGACCCAAAGUGCCGUGUGCGCUACGCGUGGACAGACGAGAGUGCAUCGAUGGCCAGUGUCGUGGGCCUUUUCCCAGGUAUGAUCGUCGGCCUAAAAGGGCGCAAUGGCUCAGGAGCGCGGUUCAUUGCCGAGGAGCUCUUGAUGUCGCACCAGUUCCAUCCCAGUAAGCUCGAUGGUUCUGCAUUGCGCAUCGUUGCUGCGAGUGGGCCCUUUACGUCGCCGGACGACUUGGCGUUCACCCCGUGGCACGCGUUUGUCUCACACAUGGAGCGGCUGCAGCCAGAUGUGCUGCUUGUGGUACGUCGACCUCACUCACCACAGAUGGGGCCUUUUGUCAGUGCGAGUCACCCACUCGUGGCCGCCGGGGACUUGGACAUGCUGCCGACCGAGCUAUUCCAGCAGCACAUUGCGACGCGCCUCACGCGCCUAAUGGAGCGCUCGCCAUCGACGAUGGUCAUUUUGGUGCCCAGCACAGAAGACAUAUUCCACCCACACUGUGCCUUCCCACAGCCAUUCCUGGACAAGGCCGAUCCGGUACUUGGCCUGCCAAAGCGUGUGCGGUGCCUGCCAAACCCCAGUGUCUUUUACGUGAAUGAGUUGGCGAUUGGUGUUGCGACCGUGGAUGUGCUCGGCGAUCUGCGCCGCGAAGAGCUGGUGCAGCGCGUCCAGCCGAUGAAUCCGUCUGGCACACCCGGUCCCAAAGUUACGGAUCCCAUGAUGCCCUCGAAUGUGCCGCUAGACCUGUCACACUCGCAUCUCUGUGACUUGGAUCAGGUGACACCCGACUUGCUGCUCCUCCCGUCGUCCAAGGUCAAGCCAUUUGUACGCGUUGUCGACUCGACCGUGGUGGUGAAUCCCGGGACGCUGGCGCAGCCAACAUCAGAGACGCAGCCCACGGCUUUCGUGUGUGUGCAGGUAGAUCCCCUGCCCCGCAGCUCCGUGUUCCGCAGCAGUGAGGAGGCCGAGGAGCUCAUCACGCAUGAGCUGUACAACCGGGCGCGCAUUGACCUCGUUCAUACAUCGACAGCAUAA